GCUGCCCGGAGGGUGGCCGGCUGCCCUAACGACUGUUGUGGGCUGUCCCGUGAGUGCUGGCGGGCAGCUAGCUGAGAAGGACCAGGUGGGACUGUAGCGUCUGCAGGCGCGAUGGAGAGCUCAGAGUCGGAGAGCCCCUUCUGCUUCAGCUUGAACUGUCUCCUGAAGACGCUGCGGCUGGUAGUAACGGUGUUAUCUAUGAUCUUUUUUAUCAUGGCACAAGCUCCUGAGCCAUUCAUUGUUGUCACUGGAUUUGAAGCCACAGUUGUUUUAUUUUUCAUAAUUUUGUAUACGUUCAAACUUGACCAAAUGAUGAAGUGGUUAUUCUGGCCUUUGUUUGAUGUUAUCAAUUCAAUGGUCGCAACACUGUUCAUGAUCAUUGUAUCUAUAUUGGCAAUGAUAACGGACACCAAAACAUACAUACUCCUUGGAGGGGUGUGCGGUCUGCUGGCAGUAGUGUGCACGAUUGCUGACGGCGCCCUCAUAUACCGGAAGCUUCGGCGUCGUCCAAGUGAACCUUAUGAGAAAGACACUAGUCGUGAUGAAAGUGAAGAGUCCUAAUUUUGUAAUCAUUUUUACUAAGUGUUAAAUAUAUUUUCUUAUUCUUUCA